CAAGACGCUUGCUCCAACUCAAAGUAGUGCCGGGAGACUGGAGUCACAACAGAACCCGUGUUGCGCCAAGCUACAACACGGAGGCUCUGGAUCGUUCCGGUUCCGAGCAGGUUUGACAUCUCCGACCGUUUUGCUACUGGGACACAACUUGGACUCACAACAGAACCCGUGUUGCGCCAAACCACAACACGGAGGCUCUGGAUCACUCCGGUUCCGAGCAGGUUCGCCAUCGCAACUCGUUUUGCCACCGGGACACCACUUGGAUAUGGCUACCUCCAUUCUUGGGGAAGAGCCUCGUUUUGGAACGACACCUUUAGCGAUGCUGGCCGCGACCUGCAACAAAAUCGGAAACACAAGCCCCCUCACCACUUUGCCUGACUCCAGCGCAUUCUCCAAGGGUGGAUUUCACCCGUGGAAAAGAUCCACGUCCAGCUGCAACUUUGGCUCGGCCCUGCCAGGGUUCGCGGUGGCGACCAGCCGCGCCCCCACGGGACUACCGCCGACGAGUGGCGCCAGUAACAGCGCCUUCUGCCUGGCCUCCACCUCGCCGACGUCGGCCGCCUUCUCCAGCGAGUACGGCGGCUUGUUUACCAACGGCGGCGGCGUCUCGAGCCAAGAGUCCGGCCAGUCGGCCUUCAUCUCCAAGGUGCACACCUCCGCGGAGAGCCUGUACCCGCGGGUGGGCAUGGCGCAUCCGUACGAGUCGUGGUACAAGUCCGGCUUCCACUCCACCAUCUCCGGUGAGGUGGCCAACGGCGCGUCGUCCUGGUGGGACGUGCACACCAACCCGGGCUCGUGGCUUGACGUGCCGAACCCCGCGGCCCCCCUCCAGGGCUCUCUGCACUCGGGCACCCCGCAGGCCAUCCACUCGCAGCUGAGCAGCUACAACGCGGAUUUCUCCUCGCUCACGCACUCGGCCUUCAGCUCGACGGGGAUCAGCCCCAGCGCGUCGCACCUGCUGACCACCGGCCAGCACCUGUUGGCCCAGGACGGCUUCAAAACGGUGCUACCCGCCUAUACGGACACCUCCGCUGCGGCUGCGGCCAGCGCCAUGAUCUCCGGGGGCGGCUCGGGAAUAAGCGGCUCGUCACGCUCGUCGCGGAGGUACUCCGGGCGGGCGACGUGCGAUUGCCCGAACUGCCAGGAGGCCGAGCGGCUCGGUCCGGCCGGGGCCAGCCUGCGUCGGAAGGGACUGCACAGCUGCCACAUCCCGGGCUGCGGCAAGGUGUACGGCAAGACGUCGCACCUCAAGGCGCACUUGCGGUGGCACACUGGCGAGAGGCCGUUCGUGUGCAACUGGCUCUUCUGCGGCAAGCGCUUCACGCGCUCCGACGAGCUACAAAGACACUUGAGGACCCACACCGGCGAGAAGCGCUUCGCCUGCCCGGUGUGCAACAAGCGCUUCAUGCGCAGCGACCACCUGAGCAAGCACAUCAAGACGCACACGGCCGGGGGUGGAGGCAAGAAGGGUAGCGAUAGCGACACCGACACCAGCAACUUGGAGACCCCCAGGUCCGAGUCCCCGGACCUUAUUUUGGAUGGGGUCAACCCGAGGAUCACGGUUAAGGACCAGCCCCCCCACGAUGAGCCCUGAUGGGGGGGAAAAGGGACCCCCGCGUCCGAACUCAACUACACGGGUCUUAAUUUAAUAAGUGAAUAUUUCAUGGGAAGAAAAACAAAAAGAGCUCACCUCCAGACGCUUCGGCAGUAUUUAAUUGUGAGGAGAAACCUGUUGAACGUGGGACAAUGUGAGUUGCAUCUUGUAUAUGACCACGUGUUCACUUCAUGUUCGUAUUGUUUUUCUUAAUAUUGUUUUCCGUCUUGCUUCUAACCUGAACGUCAGGGAGUUUACUUUAAGAUGCACUUUGUGGAUAUUCUAUGUACGUGCACAGCUUUCUUCAAAUUUUCCGUUUUAUUUUGUUGUUGUUGUUGUUGCUCUAAAAAAAAUCUAUAUAUAAAUGUUUACCUGUAUAAAUUCA